CGCCAGUCGCCAGAUUAGACUGCUGCAAGGGGCGGCGGAUGUGAAACUGACACAAUUUGUACGCUUCGAAGCAGUGCGAGUCCUCAGGAGGUUGACGGUCGCGGCUACAAGAAUGCAUAGUGUUGCAAAACUAGCAUUCAACAAUAGGCCACUUUGUGCCUGAAAUCGAUAUAACACUACCAAUGUGCAUUAAAACGGUACAGCCAACGCCGGGAAAACAACACUAAUCAAAUGCUUCUGUUGAAAUGAUCACGUUAUGAGAUGAAGUGAUGCAAGACCAGGAAAAGCCCCCUUCCCCAUCUUGGCUGGAUCUGUCAUAACCACGCCUAUGGAACUGUACAAUUGGUCCAGAAAGCGUAAAAUCGGCAAUCAAGGGGAGAUGCUUCAUUAGAGUCUGGAACCAGAAGGGAGGAAUAUGCGAGAGUCGCACACUGACGGGGCGAGAGAACUUCAAGCUUAUAAACUGUGCCCAAAUUGUAUGCCUUUUUGUUGAAGAGCGUUUUCUUUUGUCGGCUGGACGGGCCUGGUAAAUAAGGAGGAUUUGGCUAUACUCCGAGCGCGUGAACACUCAGUUGUUGGAAGGAUAUCAUCCUUACUUUUGACGGCGCAGUCGACACUGGAAUAGCCUACCAGAUAUUUCACUCCACGGUCACGGGGCAGUGUGUGGCUUUCGCUGUCAACCUCGGGCUCUGCACACACUUUUGUGUCAGUUGCUGCAACUGAACAUUUCAUCUGAGCUGGACGCUUUGAGGGAGACCGUACAGACUACGAAUAUAAUAUUCUAUAUCGACAUUUUUGGAUGCACCGAUGAGAGAUCCAGUUUUCACAGGGACUACUAUGGCUUAUCACCCUUUCCACGCUCACCGGCCGGCUGACUUUGGCAUGUCAGCCUUUCUCGCCGCUGCCCAGCCGUCUUUUUUCCCGGCUCUCACACUGCCUCCCUCCCUGACGAAGCCACUGACGGACCACGCUCUCUCCGGGGCCGCCGAGGUUGGCUUGCACGCCGCGCUGGGGCAUCACCACCAGGCGGCUCAUCUCCGGUCUCUCAAAAGCCUGGAGCCCGAGGAGGAUGUGGAGGACGACCCAAAAGUUAUUCUGGAGUCGAAGGAUCUCUGGGAUCAAUUUCAUAAAAUCGGCACCGAAAUGGUCAUAACAAAAUCGGGAAGGAGAAUGUUCCCAGCCUUCAAAGUUCGGUGUAAUGGCUUGGAUAAAAAAGCAAAAUAUAUCCUGUUGAUGGAUAUAGUCGCUGCCGAUGACUGUCGAUACAAAUUUCACAAUUCUCGAUGGAUGGUCGCAGGAAAAGCCGACCCGGAGAUGCCGAAGCGAAUGUACAUCCACCCAGACAGUCCUGCUACGGGCGAGCAAUGGAUGGCAAAGCCUGCUACUUUCCAUAAACUCAAAUUGACGAACAAUAUAUCGGAUAAACAUGGAUUUACUAUACUUAAUUCCAUGCACAAAUACCAACCCCGGUUUCACAUCGUCAGAGCCAAUGAUAUUCUGAAGCUUCCGUACAGCACCUUCAGGACUUACCUUUUUCCAGAGACAGAUUUCAUAGCUGUAACUGCAUAUCAAAAUGACAAGAUCACACAGUUAAAAAUUGAUCACAACCCGUUCGCUAAAGGAUUCAGGGACACAGGAAAUGGGCGGAGAGAGAAAAGGAAACAAUUAAGCCUGCCAUCACUACGGAUGUACGAUGACCAGUGCAAAGUGGACCGAGACGGUGGUGACUCGGAUGCGUCCUCUUGCGAACCGACGACGGGGAGGGACUCCGUACACUCCCCGCUUGGGAACGAAGCCAGUCCACUGAAAUUUAACAGGAGCAGUCGAGACGAUAAAACCUGCACUGAAAGUGACCAGGAGCUUGACCAUCCGGACGACAGGCCCAGCCCCGGGCCCACGUCCUCCCCCUCCCCCUUCAGCCCCGUGCCCAGCGACGAGCGGCUCAAGGACAAGAAGGCUGAUGGCCUGGACUCCUCCCGCAAGGACUCCUCCGACUCCAUCUUCAGCAUCAGGAACCUGGAGAAGGGCAAAGGCGGAGACGCUCGGAAAGACUCGUCGGAAUCGUCCUCCAAGAAGGACGUGGACUUGGGCUCCGGCCUGGGUGGCGGUGGCGGGUUGAAGGAGGGCUUCUCCCCGCUCAUGGUGCAGACGGAGAGCCCUUCAGCGCACUUCAGCGCCAGCCAUCUGCAGAGCCUCGCCCUCUCCGGUCUCCACGGUCAGCAUUUCUUCAACCCUCUGAACCCCACGGGCCAGCCGCUGCUCUUCCACCCGGGCCAGUUCGCCAUGGCUCCCGGGGCCUUCUCCACCAUGGGCAUGGGCCACCUGCUGGCCUCCAUGUCUGCCGGGGCUGCUGGGGGGCUGGAGAACGGAGCCUUGUCCUCUCAGAGUGCCCAGAGCGCUUUCCCCUUCCACCUGUCCCAACACAUGCUUGGCUCUCAGGGUAUCUCAAUGCCUCCGUUCGGUGGCCUGCUGCCUUACCCGUACACCUACAUGGCAGCAGCAGCCGCGGCCGCCUCAGCGCUGCCCUCUGGUGGUGCGGGUGCCGCCUCCGGCCUGGGCAGGAGCCCCUUCUUGAGCAGCACGCGGCCGCGCCUGCGCUUCAACCCUUACCAGCUGCCCGUCUCCAUCCCCCAGAGCUCCAGCCUGCUGACCACCGCCGCCUUCACCGGCGGCAUGACCUCCGAAGCGGAGUCGUCCUCGGUGUCGGCCAGCCGGGAGACCAGUCCCGUGUCGGAGCACCACCACCACCACCACCACAGCAGCUCCAAGUCCUCAGCAUCCAGCAACCAGAGGACAGGGUCCCCCAAACCCAACGUGAAGGAUUCCACCAGCGACUUGCAGAACAUCCAAAGGCUGGUGAGCGGACUGGAGAAGAAGAAAGACGUAUCUUCAUCGUCGUCGUCAUCGUCGUUGUCAGGCAGAGAGAGCUCGAAGUGACCAGAACGUUUUUGAAACCUCCUGCCAAUUAAUACAAACUCUUUGUCUCGCAAGCAAACACCCACGUUUUUGUUUUUGUUCUUGUGUGUACUUCAAGUGAAGCCAACCACGGCAGUCGUCGACAGCGUGGAGAUGUUGGAGCUAUUUUUUUUUGUCUUUUUGCUUGUCGGAUGUUUGUUGGAUGUGUAUCCAGAUGAUGUCAUGGUGAAGGAGAUCACAGUGCUCUCCCCGAUGGAGGCGGGGUGGAGAAGAGAGGCCGAGAAACGAGCGGGAUCGGCUUAUGCCUUUUGUCCAGGAAAAGUGAUGGCAGCUUAUGGCGUCUCUCCCUGUGAAGCUGUAACACGGGGAAAGAGAGAACACAUGACAUGCAUCCACUGACUUGAGGAAAAGCCCCAAACCGAUGGAGAAGGAGACUAGUCUGUGGUUAUGUGAUAUCUAUCACGAUAUAGCUACAUCCAAAUAUGCAUUGUAAAAGGGAUGAAAUGGCUGUGAUCAGUACAAUAGACUCUGGAUUUUUUUGUCUUGCUGGUUACCUGGUGUGUGUGUGUGUGUGUGUGUGUGUGUGUGUGUGUGUGUGUGUGCGCGCGCGCGCACAUGCUUGCGUGCGUGCAUGCGUGCGUGCGUGCAUGCACGCUUGUGCAUCGUGUUCACAUUCAAGUUUGUGUGUGUAUGUGUAUGACCUUUUUGUUUUUUUUCUAUUAUUUAAUGAAAGUAAAAUAUUCUUGUAAAUAUGUUCAUUGCUUUGAAAGACAUAGUCUUAAUUUAUUUAAAGCUGUACAUUGAUGUGUAAAUAUUGUUAGGUUUUAAUUUGUUACAUUUAUAUAAAUAUAUUACAUUUUACAUAACAAUAUACUGUAAAUGAAUACUAAUUAGUUCUUGAUGGGUUAAUAAGAAUGUUUUGGGGUAUUUGUGAUGCAUUGCUGUUCAAUUCUACCUGACCUGUGAAGGAAAGGACUGCCACCCCCAUUCUGUCCAGCUUUUUUUGUUGUCAUGUUUUUUAUUUUAUUUUAUUUUUUGAAACAUAAUAAAACAUUGCGUUGCUUUAUAAACCAUUGAGACAGUGAUGCAAUAUAGGCAGGGAAAACUCAGGUUUAUUUUUAAUCUGGCACGUGACAUUUACAAUUUUCAGAAGAACUCUUUUUUUUUGCCUCUUGUGCUGGAUGUUCGGGUAAAUGCUUAUGGUUUUUCUUGAAUUCUCUCUCAAUAAAAAAGAAUG